AUGUGGGGCCUUUGGCAGCGGACUUCCUUGUCUGGCUUCCUCGCUAGGCGAAGUGACAAAAGAAUCACGAGGGUACCGCUGCAAUGUUCGGGGGCACGGGAUUCCGAUGGCCUGAAUCUGGCGAAGCUGGACGAGCUGGCGCGUGGUUUCAACGACAGGUACAUCACCCCCGGGCUGCUAAAAGGUGCGUUGGUUGCCAUCGUGAGGAGGGGUAAGGUUGUGGCUCUGUGGGAGCUGGGGCAAUACAAGUCCACGACGGUCUUCAAGUUCUAUUCCAUUACCAAGGUGUUCACUGCCAUUGCUGGUUUGCAAAUCUGCGAGGAGCACGGCAUCUCUCCUGAGACCCCCAUCAGUUCUCUCGUCCCUGAGUGGCCAGAAGAUCUGCCUGGGGACAUGCCAGGUGCCCCGGCUGAACCACUUCGACUUAGGCAUUGCUUCACGCACACCGGCGGCUUCUCGAACGCCUUGCCGACAGUCCACCCUGUGCGCUCGUUGCGUCCUGCAGAGCUCCGCAGACUUCGGAAGCGCCGGAGCGAAGCAGCGAAGCCGCCCUGUAACUUGAAAGAGCUGGUGGAGCGCGAGAGUCGCGAGCCACACAUAUUCGCUCCCGGGCAGCACUUCAACUAUUGUAGCGUGGGCAGCCGGCUGGUUGCAAGAAUGGUGGAGGAAGUUUCUGGCCUGACCAUAGCAGAGUACAUGCAGAAGCAUAUUUGCGAGCCUGCUGGAAUGACGGACACCGGGUUCUUCAUUGACGAGUCGCUGGCAGCAGACUGUGUUUCAACAGACUACCAUCCCUGGGCUCUUCCAGCUGUGGCUGACGGUCUGUUUGGAUGCUGGAACCGCUGGAGGCUUCGCUGCCGCUCCAUUUACGCAAGGUUGUGCGGUUGUGCAUUCAUCGAUGAUUUGAAACCAGCCGGGACCGGAGUGAUAUCCCCGAUGAAGCUCUGGAACAGGUCUUCGAAGCUGUACCAUCCCGAUGCAGGGCUUGUUGGGACGGGCUCUGACUUUGUGCGUUUCUUGGAGGUUCUGACCAGAGAUGCUUCUCAGGAGCCCGUGCUCAGCCCGUUCGUCUUGGAAGCCUUGGCUUCUCCCGUGACGGAGGAGCUCCAGGCGCCCUUUGCGCUGGAUUCUGUCAGUGUGGGGAGGUUGUUUCCGGUUCGUGGCGAUCGGCUGCCUAGGCAGAAGCUCCUUCGACCUUUCAACAGUUUUCCCGGACAGAGAUUCUCGCUCGGAGCGUCCGUGAUCUGCGAGCCAAAGAAAGUCGCUUUGCCACCACGAGCUGCGGGGACAUGGCAUUGGAUGGGUUUUGCUUCGACUUAUUUCUUCGUGAAUCCCAAGGAGGAGUUGGCCGCCUGCUUCCUCACGCAGCUCGUCUCUCACAGGACCUACCCGAUCCUCGACGAACUAGUGAAGGGUGUGCACGACGCACUGCUGUGA